AUGCAAAUAACGAUGCGGCACCUGCUGCUCGUCGGGGCUUGCGGCUGGGUGUUGCUCAUCCUCGUGUUUGCCAACAAGUUUAUCAAUUUUAACGCCAGAGCCACGGAUGGUAAACUAUGGGAGAAGACUGAGAUGCAGAGUUGGACUCAACCAGGAGUUAAGUCCAUCAAAUCACUGCCAGCUCAGAAAUCAGACAGAAGAGCUCCCAAGUCAUCAGACCUGUCCUCAGUAGGCCCCUCCUCCAUGGCCAACCCAACAGACUGGAACACUGUGGAGACGAGGCGUCUGGAGCUGCUGUCAGCCGUGUGUAAGAACGACUCCCUCAGGAACCUCACUCACACCUCAAUCAACAAGUUUGUCUUGGACCGCAUCUUUGUGUGCGACAAACACAAGAUCCUCUUCUGCCAGACCCCCAAAGUGGGCAACACUCAAUGGAAGAAGGUCCUCAUCGUUCUCAAUGGAGAGUUCUUCCACUGUGGAGGAGAUCCAGAGAACCUGGUUCAUGACCAUGAGAAGAACGGACUGCGCCUCUCCUCUCUGACGGAGAAAGAAAUCACUAAAAGGUUAGCCACAUACUUCAAGUUCUUCAUCGUCAGAGACCCGUUCGAGCGCCUCAUCUCCGCCUUCAAGGACAAGUUUGUGAAGAACCCGCGCUUCGAGCCCUGGUACAAGCACGACAUCGCUCCCGCCAUCAUCCGCAAGUACCGUAAGAGUCACCGUGACAACGACAACAACAAGGCGACUACGGGCCUGCGCUUCGAGGACUUCAUCCGUUACCUGGGCGACGAGCCCGGGCGGCGCCGCAUGGACCGUCAGUUUGGGGAGCAUGUUAUCCACUGGGUGACGUACGCGGAACUCUGCGCCCCCUGUGACAUCACGUACAGCGUCGUGGGGCACCACGAAACUCUAGAACGCGAUGCCCCCUACAUCCUGAAAGCUGCCGGGAUAGAGCGUCUGGUAUCGUACCCCACCAUCCCCCCGGGGAUCACCCGUUACAACCGGACCAAGGUGGARCGCUACUUCUCAGGCAUCAGCAAGCGGGACGUCAGGCGGCUUUACGGCCGGUACCAAGGAGACUUCAGCCUCUUCGGCUACCCCAGCCCGGACUUCCUGCUAAACUGAAUGACGACGACACUAAAGAAAGACUGUUUUGCAACGAUAUUAUAAUAAUAUAAUGUCUCUCUAAUCUAACAUGCAUCUUAAUCAGUGUGUGGUUUACUGAAGAGGUAGGGAGGGUGUAGCUAGCUAGCCGYCUAGCCUKGCUGCUCUAACUAGGAGCCAUAGUAGAGACUAGUGAUCCCCACCAUCCGGGCUCAAGCCAGGGAGGGAUGGAGACUACAGGUUGGUCUGAUAUAACRUGCUGAUCUGCUGUAGGAUGAUCGUCACUCCUCUACCUGGCUGACAGUAAUUCCUGUCUCGACCUAGCAACACUUCCUGCCUCUGCCUAGCAACUGUCACCAUGGGCGAUGACUGUACUACAUGCCUCUACUUCCUGGUAGCCGUCACCAUGGUGGCCAUGAAUGGCAUGASGACCGAGGUGAUGGAGAGUUACUCACUAUGGUCAUGGCUAAUGGCUGUAUUCGCCAUACGACCAAUGAAUUAAGUGCCACAUUUUAAUGUUAUUUAACAAAGCUUUUUGUAUUAUAAUAAUUACUUUAUUUAAACCAGAGAUUACUGUUACAUACUGUGCUAAAUUGUACCACCCUCUGCACCUACAGUCCACAGAAAGCAGGUCUGCUGCUGGUACUGCAUUAUGGACUAACACUGAAGUGGGUCUGGGAGACAGUAGCCUGGUUAAACCAGACUGAAUGCUGAGCACACCAUUGAAACGGAGCAAAUCAGUUUGAAUGCAAGGUUAUAGAGAUGCUAGUGAAACACUAACCGGUUAAUAAUAUCAGAGCCCCAGCUCUCUUCCUCCAGUCUAACCGCUCAUACAGAGUAGAGCAACUCCAUCUAGCUUCAAAACUCGGGCACCUAUAUAAAUGGUGUGAUUCUGUGACUCAAAGGGUUGACAAGCGCUGAGUGGGAGGAGUCAGUGUCUGCAAUGCCUGUGUUCAGGUGACAGGGGGAGGUUCACUGUGGCGUAACUCCUGCUGAUUGGCUGAAGCUACUACAGUGGAUAAUACUAUGCCUGUAUUAUGUCAUGGGGUGUACAGUCCCUGGGUCUUACCUCAUGUUCCCAUCCAGUACAGUAGACAGACAGAUAUAUAGAUGGCCUUCAGGGUUAAUCCAGUUAAAUUCAGCCCAGACACAUAAUAUGGGAUCAUGGCAAUAUGGAUUGGAGGCAUACAGCCAACCCUCUUCUAUACCCAUACUUAUGUCAAAGAAGGUGGAUGAACUUAGAUGUCUUACUCAGGCUGUUUACGUUCUACUUAAGCGGUGGCUCUCCCGUAGACAUCAUUGCGAUAGCAGCUGUGUCUGGUCUACUUAGUUCCUUGACUGUAUAUAAACCAUAAAGUGAGGGAGUGGGAUGCAUCGCUUCCUCUUCCGUCUCAGUUUGCCACCUGUAAGGGCAGUACAUUAGACUACAACGGGUACCUGGGAGAAGGAAAAAAUGGUUUCAUUUUCUCAUCCUCAGAACUGUUAUUUCACAAUUGAAUUCCAUGAAUUGUCUUAUUCUUCAUCCUAAACACGACACCGUCCAAUGGCGUCCAUGAAGAGAAGUGAGUGACAGUUCCUGUUGACCUUUUGAAUCAACCAAUGUUUGGUAUGGUCAGUCACAUGGUAUGACAGAGCUAGGUGGACAGGCGAUGGUUACUGAGUAAUAAAGGUUUCAUGUCAAAUAUAAAACUGGUCUUUUGCACUCUUCUCUGUACCACAACACAUGUAUGUAUGUAUUUUGUCUUUACAUGUGAGGUCAGUUACCCUGCAGUAGACCUGAUAUUCUCAUUCUAGCAGUAGACCCACCACCACAAUUCAUUCAAUUACACCUAGGGCUGGGCCAUAUGGGCAAAAUAUUACAGCACGGUAUUUUCUUUUUUAAUUUUAUGUUUUUGAAUAAUAAAAGUUGUACAUGUUC